CUGCCAGAGAUUCAGUACCAAAUAUAAACGUACCCACAUACGUUACAUCGCGUCUUGCGCAGUUUAAACUCACGUAAUCGAUUAAAAUUAUCAAGAUGAUCAAAACCGUCACGAUUCUACUCGCCCUUGCCUUGAUUGCAACUGCAAUGCCCCAAUUCGGGAUCGGUUUCGGAGGCGUUGGUGGAUUUGGAGGAAGUCAGGGUGGUUACGGUCGGCAACAAGGCGGUGGAUUUGGCAGACAACAGGGUGGAGGAUUCGGUGGGCAGCAAGGAGGAUACGGGGGAGGUUUUGGAGGAGGAUAUGGCGGACUGCAGGGUGGAGGAUACUUCCGUUAAAUCGCCAUUAAAUUAAAAACC